ACGCAAAUGCGUCUUUACCCAAACAAGAAGUAAAUUCUGACACAACUUGUGGAAUGGAUCCCAAAAACUUUUGUGGAGAAGCGAGCGGAAGCAAGGAAUGUGAGCGGUCAAACUACGCACAAACACAGAAUAGAGCCUCGGAAUUCUUUUUAAAAUCAUCGACUCCUUUUUCGGCCCAAAAGUACUUGCGUUUGGUGAACAAACUAUGGAGCUUGAACAUUGAUGUAGUUUUAACUGACAAUAUUGCAACAACGGAGCAUAUCCAGAAUCUAGAAGAAAAAUUAAAAAAUUUACAGGAGUUACAGUCGAACGAAUCGAACUCAGUUUGGGAUUCUGAAAGUUCGGGUACUGAGAGUCACAGCUCUUUUGGUCCUCCUGAAAUAAAGUUUAACGUGAAUCAUUGUAUCAAUCAAGAGUUGGAUAUGUACUGGACGAAUCCUGAUGGUUCGUCGAGCCCUUUGACGAUUCCAGAUACGCUUCCAAACCAGUACAAGUUUGGAGAAACUAUUAUCAUCGAUGUGAUAGGAGAGGAUGGAUUAGGUUAUCCAGAAGAUAAGAAAACCGCAAACUACUUGCUCGAUCUAAUCAAACUACCAAAAAAAAGAUGGCUUUUUGGUUUCGCCGAGAAUGCAGCAAAUAUCUUUAACAAUUAUGAUAGUUUCAAAUGGAGAACUAUCGAAAUUAUCUUUAGAAUCUUAUCAUCUCACACAGUGUUGCGUAGUUCAAGUCUACGCAAGUCGGAAGACAUUGCACGAAUCAUGAAAGCAUUUGACGUUUGCCAUUGGUCCGGCAAGACUAUUGGAUAUUUACGCUCGUAUGUGGAUUCUUUGGAUAAAUUGUUGGAUGUGCUUUACACCUUUGACGCGAUGUGUAGGUAUAAAAACUGUUAUGGUGCGAGACUUCCUGUUUUGGAGAUUACGCAUUGCUUUGACGUUAUAACCAAAAGCAUAGACAAUACUGAGAGAAUAUAUGAACGUAGUAAAGCACAAGGUUUAUUACAGAUCAUUAGAUUAUACCAACAGAGUUCGGGAUCAAUAGAACCAUAUUUCGCAUCUUUAUCCAAAUCUCAACUGAUAAUACCGGAAUGGAUCAGGAAAACGCGUGAAAGUAAACCGUAUUUACCAAUUGUUCCGACUUUUGGCGAACUUUUUGAUCUGUCCUCAUUUUGCAAAAAAGCAACGGCAAUUGUUGAAACGCCAGAUCUCGAAGAUAUUACAUGGACGUUGGAAAUAGAUGACAUCUAUAAAUGCGUGCACUAUACCAAACUGCGACAACAAUUUAUUGAACCGCUGAAGCAACUAAUUCUCACUUGGCUCAAGUCUUUUACUAUAGAUGGGGAUAAUAAAUUCAAAAUGGGGAACAUAAAUCAAGUGUUCUAUCGAGAUGUUAGAUAUUACAACGCAGAUAUGCAUAAUAGCGGACAAUUAAUUAUAUACUUCAAAUUCCAACCGAACCAGCCAGUUGAUUGGACUCUUGGGGAAUACCUUUUGCCAGGAUCCUUUGUUAUUCUGGCAAAAGUUAACGAUGGAAUCUUCCCUAAAGAGGUUAAUUUUCCAGUCAACGAAGAUUCAGUGAUCUUUGGAAUCGUGAAGGAAUUCAAUUUGAAAGAUCUGAGGUCUACCGAAUUAAAAGACUCGAUUAUUGGGCUGCAUUUUCAUAAAGAUCAAUUAUCGAAAUUAGAUAUUAAUACAAGUUAUACCAUGUUUGCAUCGAAUGUUUACUAUCCAAUCAUUCAUGAGAGUCUUGAAUGGCUUCGAGAUGACAAACCAUUAACAAGCUCGUUUAGAUUGGGUCGAGAAAUCCUUACCUGUCCAACAACGAGCUCACCACCGAAUUAUUCAAUCGAUGCAAAGGUGGAUUUGAGACGGAUCCUGAAGCAAGAAAUUAGAAAUUCAAAGGUUUUAGCGACAGGCACAUGGCCAGUAUGUUCUGAUUCUCGGAGUUCACCGUAUAAAAUUGAUUCAUCCGAAGUGAAAGCGUUAAAGCAUCUCUUUUUGAACAAAAUAUCUGUUACUAUUACGCCUAUCGGGACGCGUCAAAUAGAAUUUCUAGUGAAUUCCAUUGACCUAAUUACUCAAAUCCGAAAAAGUCGAGGUUUUUUCGAACCAAUAAUACUCAUUACCCGAACUUCUCGUGCCUUAGACAACAUCCUCGAAAAAGUUAAUCCUUUUGUUACGAGGCUUACUCGUUGUGGACCGAGAAAUUGUCCUGACAGUUUAAAAAGUCGCGAUAUUAAUACGCUGCUGGAGCAAGUUUAUGUAAGAGAUCCCGAGUAUAUUAAAAUUCUUCUUAAAACAAGAUCCGCUUUCAAAAGAUUAAAAAGGAAAUUAGAAAGCUUUCAAGAUAAAAGAAACUUCGCGUUAAGUGAUACCGCUUUCUUUAAUCACGCUCCUCUCGUAGCCCGGCAACAGCUUGAAAAGCAAGAUCUUUUGGCAGCUUGGUUAAGUGGGUCUAAUAAACAAGAAGCUCUGAAAGGUUUUCAUCUUAAAGAUGACACAAUUGAUGAUCCGUUACUUGCAACUGCUGAGUUUGCCACUCUUCAGGAACGACAAUUCGACGAAAUGGACAUUAUAUCUAAUGCAGAAUAUAAUAAUGAACAAUACCGAAGGACUAAGCGGAUCUCAAAUUAUUACGUGGAUAAAAUUAAUCAUAUGUGGAAUGAAUUUUUAAUUUCUGAUAGCGAUAAUGACAUUUGGGAUUGGGCUAAACAAAGAAGGCAAAAACUACAUCGUGCUUAUGCAAACAUCAUGUCCGGUUAUAUGGCUGACGAGAUUGAAAAAAUUUUUGUCGAGAUUACCGAUUUGGAAAACACUCUUGAAGAUAUUUAUGCUUCUCGAUGGCGUGCAACGGCAGGUUAUUCCCCUUUGGUGGGGAUGACGAUCGCUUAUGCCUCUAAACAUCGUAAUCUUGUUAAUGAACUCAAAUCUCGAGUUAUUUUAGUUGCUGAAGCAUCCGAAAUACCAGAAGCCUCACUUGUUCCCUAUUUGUCCUCGCCGAAUCUGGAGCAUCUUAUAUUAAUUGAUGAUUAUUUUGUCGAGAAAUCCAAAACCAUUCAACAGAAAAUAAUCUCCGACCAAAACAACAUUUCACUUUUCGAAAGAUGGAUAAGGAGUGGCGCAUCACAUCAAAUCCUAUCACGACAAUUUAAGAUUCGUCCGGAGAUAUAUGAUGUGAUUCGUGAUUUGUAUAAGUUUUCGAGUUCUUCGCAAAAUGGAACCACGACAACUCUUGUGGAUAGUCCAGAGCUAGAAUAUAUCCCGAAUAUACCGGGAGUAACUUCAAAUGUCCGAUUCAUCACCCACAAUGAAUUUGAUAAUCCCCCCAAAGAACAAUUCAGCAUGGUUAACCAUUUUGAGGCUGAAUAUGUAACGCGCUUUGCAUUAUAUUUGUCACAGCAAAAUAAUCGAAUAGCCGAAAACAUUGCGAUAUUGACCCCUUAUUCAGCACAGAAGCGGUUGAUCUGGAGCAAAUUGGACCCUAGCCUAAAGCGAGCUAUCAAAGUAGAUACAGAGAUGUUUGAAAAGAUUCUCGUCGAAACAAUUGAUAAUUUUGAAGGUAAACAAUCGCAUAUUGUUUUACUUUCGCUCGCUUCACCGUCUCCCCGGCAUACUGAAGAAUGGUUGAAUUAUGUCGGUGCGAGUAAACGCAUUAAACACGCCAUAUCGAGUGCUUUAUGUGGACUGUACAUUUUGGGCAAUGGAUUUGCGUUGAUGAAAAGUCCUGUUUGGAAUCAAAUAAUAAAAAGCUUACAAGAUAAAGGCAAUUAUGGUGACUUUCUUCUCACUACGUGUAAACGCCACCCAAGAUACAAUCCAGAAAUCAGACUAGCAUCCGAUUUUGAUAAAUAUGUGCCAGAUGGUGGUUGUCUAGAACAAUGUCAAUAUCUACUUCCAUGCGGACAUAAUAACUGCCCGUUAAACUGCCAUCCGAUUGAUCAUGCUCACUUAUGCCGGCAGGAGCUCAUAUGUAGAAGCGAUUGCUUAAGAGAUCGUCCACCAGGAUGUACACAUAAAUGUCCACGUCUAUGCUACCAAUGCAAGCAGAGAGGUCAAUGCCCGCCGUGCAAAGUAUUAGUAGCUAUAACCUUACCAUGUGGUCGCAUUACAAAAGUUCCAUGUGCAGAAGUCUAA